AUGGCUAUGCGUGUCAUCGUCGAUGGUGAUAGCAACAAGGUGUACAGGAAGGGCGAAAAGGUCACUGGAAGAAUUAGCAUCGUGGUAGAAGAGGAGGUGAAUGUGCAGUCUCUGAAGGUUGUAUUUGCUGGGAACUGCAUAACGAAAACAUCCCGGCCCUUCCACGUCAAUGGCAAUGGCGACGCCUCCUUAUCAAGACGCGAGUUCGAAGAAAAGAUUCGUCUUUUCAACCAAGAGAAGGAAAUCCUCCCCCAAUGUUCACUGGCCGCGAAGAAAUAUCAUUGGGCAUUCGAGUUCACAUUUCCGGAAUUGACAGAGCCACGAUAUCACCGCAUUGCCCAUGGAGCCAACUAUCUCAAAGAACCACAUCCACUACCUCCGUCCUUCCAGCUAAAAACAAAUGUGCAAAGCGGUGCAGCUCAGAUAUCCUACUUCAUCCAAGCCAGAUUGACCUUUAGCAAGUCAACACCGGUUAAACGAUGCAGAGUUCUAUUGCUUUACCAACCAACACCACAACUAGACACACCACGACACGCUCGAUGUACUUCCACAGUGCUGUAUGACCAGAUAUGGAAGUCGGCCAAAGACGUAGGAGGAGAAUCUCAAAGAACAGUCUCUAGAGUGCUCAGCAAAGUCUCACGGCAGAAGGCUUCUGCACGCAUCAUCCCAAGCAUUCUGUACCCCGAGACCAUAGCACCAGGACAGCACAUCCCUAUAUCAGUCCUGCUUAGGGAUACUCGCGACGGACGGAGCGAAGAACGUGGUGAAUGUACCAUCGAUUCCCUAUCCAUCACAAUUUCAACCUACUCAACAAGCAUGUGCGGCCACAGCAUCACCGAACCCGAAGACGUCGUGUCAAAACACGUCACAUGCAUAGCGCGAACAAACAUGAACAAACCCGCCCCCCUCGGCAAAACAAUAUCCCUAACCUCCAACUUCCGCCUCGUCAACAACGUGGAGUGCGUCCCCACAUUCAAAACCUACACCAUCACCCGCCGCUACGCACUCAACGUCGUCAUCGGCGUCAAAUAUGGGAAACAGCAAUUCACAGUCCGCUCCACUACGCCGCUCGAAAUCGUGCCCCGUGUGCCGCGGGAUAGAUCGCCGCCGCCGCCGGAAUACGACGAGGAUGUGGAGCCGCUGCCACUGUAUGUGCCGAGGGAGCCGGAGAAGGAGUGUGCGCCGGAUUAUGAGUCGAUUUUUGCGCUUUCGAGGACGUCGUCGGCGGCGGGGUCGUCGGCUCCGUCGUAUGAGAGGAGCGAGAGUUAUGGUUCCGAUAGUUCGAGGGCGCCGAGUACUGCUGCGUCGACUCCGGCGAGCGAGAUUGAGGAGCCAGUGUUUGAGCGGGAUGAUGUGAUGAGAACAGCAGUGCGGGCUUGA